AUGGCUGACACCACUACUCUGUGCCCUCCAGCACCGAGCCAGGGUCCUAUUACCCCGCGCAAAGGUCCCCCCAAGUUCAAACAGAGACAGACCCGGCAGUUCAAGAGCAAGCCUCCUAAGAAAGGCGUGAAAGGGUUUGGAGAUGACAUCCCAGGCAUGGAGGGGCUAGGAACAGACAUCACAGUGAUCUGUCCCUGGGAAGCGUUCAGCCACCUGGAACUGCAUGAACUCGCUCAGUUCGGGAUUAUAUGA